CCAAGUUAUGCAAUACACACUUUAUUUUCGGUUUUAUAAGGAGGAGGAAUUCGGCGCAGUUGUCACUACAACCAACGAGUCGUGAAGAGCAUUUAUUGCACGUAAAUGAGUUGUCGCUUGGACGAGUUGUACAAAUUCCCUCGUACGAGACAUUUGUUUGACGUUGGAGGCAGCGGAGUGUCCAGAGAUGACUUGCUGAUGGAUAAAGAAGAAGCAAAUACCUUCUACUCUGGACGUCACCGGCAAACGGUUGUUUCUGUUGAAGAAAAAGUCGAUGGCGCCAAUCUGGGCAUCUCCAUUUCUCCGUCAAACUACCGACUGUUGGUACAGAACAGAGCUCACUAUGUCAACUCACAGACACACAAACAGUUUAGUGGAUUAGACCAAUGGUUGGAGGAGCAUAGUGCUGGUUUGUUCGAAGUGUUGGUUCCUGGAAGGCAUGUUCUAUUUGGAGAGUGGCUCUUUGCUAAACAUUCGAUACAUUACACAAGAAUGCCUGGAUAUUUUAUGGCGUUUGACAUCUAUGAUAAGGAAUCUGAAAGAUUCUACAGUCGAAGAGAAAGAAAUCGAAGACUGGAAGGAUCAGGUAUCCCGACCGUGAGACUUGUUGCUGAGUGUCCCAUACAAGGCAAAGAUCAUGUACUUCGAUUACUGGACACUCAGUCUGCAUUCUACGAUGGUCCUUGCGAAGGGAUCUAUUUAAGAAUUGAUGAUGACAAUCAAGGAGGAGAUACACAAGCUUCAAGCGGUGAUGUAGGAUGGCUGAAACAUAGAGCAAAAUUGGUGAGACCAGACUUCUUGCAGCAAAUUGAGGAGCAGUGGACCAGACAGAAACUGACAAAGAACAUUGUCGUUUACAGCUGAAGUUAUGUAUAGUAGUCAGGAUGUCCAUGUUGUGAACGCAUUGUAGUGGUUACAGUAGGAAGAAGUGUGGAGUCCCAUCAGUUUGUAAUGCAAGUGUGAACGUAAUAUAUCACUUACAUGCAAGGAAGUGUA